AUGCCGGCUCCGACGCUCUCGAGGGUUGGCUUCGACAUCAGGCGUCUGUUUGGUGAGGUUGACGCCCUCGAUCGCCAGGCUGGAGAUGCAAAGCACAGGGAAUGGCCGCGCACCCAAUUCGCAGCAGAAUCGGACCGGUUCGAGUUAUGGGCAAUAAAUAUGGGAUUGUUCGUCCCAGGGCACGGGUCGCUGGAUUAUCGCAUCAGAGACUCUGCCACCCUGAAAAAAACCUUCGCCAGCUUCAUGACGGACCUCGUGGAUUCUCUGGAUCAAGUGCUCCAAUAUUGCAGUGGCGCUUUUGACGACGAGAGCCCUCAUGAUGCCGACAAUCCCGACGACUCUGACGGCGACUGGACGUUAGAUGUCUCCCCCACUGCACAGACACCAGCCGAAGCCGACUCGGACAUCGACCUUUUGCUUGACAGCGUGCGUGAUCCAAUCGACCGCCUUUACAAGCUGUCUACCCGGAUUCGCAGCCCGAGCACGAGAUUUGCCUCCUCGAAAGCCCAAGUCUAUCAGAAGAUCGACCCCGAGUCCAAGCGGGACUUUUUGAAAGAGGCCGAGCCAUUCGAUCGCGACUACGUCAGCUCAUUAUUUCUCCAGUACCACAAGGACAAUGCAACCCGAGACGCAUCUAUCAAUGAGCCCCCUCCCUCCCCUGCGAACCUCGACCCCGGGUCAAGCCCAGAUGAUGUGGUUUGGGAACCAAUACGGUCGGUGCUUUCCGUUUAUCGCAGUGGUGUUUCGGACGGGACCGAGUCGUUUCUUGUCGAUCGACUAGCACGGGCAAACAUUCGACGCAGGCGGCAGUUCGCAUAUUGGACGCACCACAGAGAGAAGCUCCAGCUCCACACACAGAGCGUUGCGCAGCAUGCAAGGGUGACCACCACUUCGGCCAUGGUAGCCUUGGAAAAUCUCGGACUUGGAUCUGCAGGCGGGUUGGACUCCGUCCUGAUGCCCGUGGCAUCAGUCACAACCGCCACAUGCCUACAGAUACAAAUGACGCAGCUCGCGAUCUGGGAUGAUCGGUCCGCGGUCUCACAAUCAGAGUACGCCCCAUCCUCCCAUCCCGGCGUUGAGGAUGUCGACUUCCCGCCGCCUCCAAAGCGGAAACAAGGCGAAAAGAACUUCGAGUGCCCGUAUUGCUUCACCUUGUGCCCCGCUACAUCCCUAAGCACAAAGGCAUGGAGGGCUCACCUAAUACGCGACCUGCGGCCAUAUGUUUGCACCUACGAGGCCUGCAGAAACCCGGACCAGCUCUACGAUACUCGGGAAGACUGGAUCCAGCAUGAAACCACAAAUCACUUCGCAGCAUGGCGUUGUUUGGAACACGACGGCCUGUCAUUUUCGAGCGUGGAAGAGUAUCAGGCCCACCUCGCAGCCUGUCACGGGGCUGGAAGGCACGUUGGCGAGUCGAGUCUCGUGCCUCCCGACAGGCGCUGUCCGAUCUGCAACUUUUCGGCGGCCAGCGAACUGCACAAACACAUCGCCUUGCACCUCGAGCGCGUUGCCUUGUUUUCCUUACCGCAUGUCGACGGUGAUGACGAAGGCGAUGGCAGCGAAGCCAACUCACAGAGUGUUAACCUUCCGGACAACGGCUCCCGGGACGACGAAUGCACAAAUCCUUUUAAGUGGGAUUUGUACGAUGAUGAUGGCAGCGACAUUACCUCGCAGAGUGGUAGCCUCCCGGACGACCUCGAACUGAUUGCGACGCUCGGCCUCGCCUACAACAUUUGGAUGUUCAUCAAGGUCGGGCGCAGGAUUAUCUAUGAUAUGGAGCGGGUAGACCACCAGCCCGACUUGUUCGCUUUCCUAGUCAUUGCCGAGAUGCUAGCCCCCCUUGUCGAAAUGCUAGCCCCCCUUUACGACCAGAUUCGGCGCCACGCGACCACAACCACGACCGCGACAGCAGCGACGAGCGUCGGUACGAGUGCAAGCGCUCCAUCCAAACCGGCCCCUCGACAUAAGCAGUUGCUAGACAUGGCAGAAAUGUGUGUACGCGUCGCGCGGGACUUGGGCGGGGAGCCCAGCCUCCUUAAGCGCACGGACAUGACGGCGAGGAUAAGGCUGUGCCUCACGAGACUGGAGCGUGAGCUGCGAGAAGCCGAGAGCCUGCUGCAUACGGGGCUUCUGACGUGUAUCUACGAGAGGCCCCGGAUAGAUGCGAACCUCCGAUCUUUUCUCGACGAGUACUGCAAGAAGGAGGCCGCUGUCACCGCGCCGGUGUUUGCACAAGCCUUGCCGACGGGAGAGCGUAUCGCCGCAGAAACCAGGGAGAGCGUGGAAGCAGGCGAAGCGCACACGACGCAAAAGACAACAGAACUGAAGGCAUCGCUGAUGGAGUACAUAUCUUCCGUUCUUAGAAGCCCCAUCGAACAAAAAGCAGAGGCUUGGCAAGACGCCCAGCGGGGGCGGCUCCUGCGCAGCCUCAUGGUCGAUGACCGCAGCAGCCAGGUCCGCCCACCGCAUGCUGGGACCUUGGAAUGGAUUUUCAAUCAUGGGAGCCAUGGCUACCAGCAUACGAUGGUGGCAAAACAUCCCACAGCCGACUUUGAUAGCUCUUCCAAUCCCUUAUCAGAUGUCGUGCGCCAACCCACCGACUCUGAGACCGAUGGCACCGAGUCGGGAAAAGGCGUUGAGAGUGCUUCCUGGAACAGCUUCUCCGACUGGCUUAGAUCUACGGAACCGAGAUACUGGAUCGUUGGCAACCCAGGGUCAGGGAAAACGACGCUGAUGAAAUAUCUUGCCCAACAUGAACAGACGCAGAGUCUCCUGGGCAUCUGGAGCCCUGGAGCCAUCGUCGUCUCGCAUUUCUUUUGGUUGAACGGCACCCAGAUGGAGCGGAGUAUCAAAGGCCUCUUAUGCUCCCUGCUUUACCAGUUGCUUACCAAGAGCGAGAUAUCGCUCAUUUGCAUACUUCGAAAGGAUCCCACGAUCCCCGUCACGGAGGCGGCAAUGGAUUGGUCUCAACAGGACCUACAGUCUAUGCUUCUGGAUGUUAUGGUAAAUUAUCCAAGAUCCAUCGCCGUAUUCGUGGACGGACUUGACGAGGUACUUGAAGCCGACGGCCUCCUUAAGCUUAUGGAGGUCAUCGAUACCUUAGGAAAACCCCUGGGGUUGGAAGGGAAAGUCAAACUGUGCCUCAGUGCGCGACCUUACCCUUCAAUCGUGGACCGACUAAGUAAUUGCCCACACAUACCUCACCUCGACGUCCUCAACAAAGCCGACUUUCGACUCUGAGGGCAAUAUUACCACACUGUCGGACUACCUUAUCGACAUCCUACUACGCUCGAGUUUUGAGGUG